AUGAUUCUUAUUACUGCAAAAUUGACUCAGUUCGCUGGACGUGACAAUGAUGACGAUGGUCCGUGUCUAGAUGCUGCGCUAGAAUCACUGCUGACGUCAAGUCUGCUGGAGGAUGACCUGACUGGAGACAAAACAUCGCUUGACCAGGUCCGAAAAGCGUAUUUACUGGCCUUUUACGAGUUACACCAAUCUCCAGGGCAUUCAUCCUGGCUACGUAUCUCCAAGGUGACGCGUAUGGCAUAUCGCCUUGGCUUAGAUCGACUUGAUCAAGUCCGUGUUCUAUACCCCGACUGGAACGCGGUGAGCGAUGAAGACACUGAGGAAUGGCGAGCGUUGUGGUGGCGAAUCUACCGACUCGACACUUACUCCAAUCUUGCCUCUGGUACACCAUAUCUAAUUGAUGAGAUGAUAAUCAAUACAACCAUAUCCCUCACUCGGACGGAAGAUGGUGUAAUUCAGGGGAUUCUUUUGCCACCCCACAGUGAUGGUUUGCUGGAAAUUAUUCCUGCCAUUAUAUCAAACAAAGAGACCCUGCUAGACAACAUUCACACUGUCACGACUGCCAUUAUGCGUCAAGUUGGUCGCGUCAUCCGUAUGCAUAUGUUGCAAUGGCACGACAGAGUAAUGUUGGAGGCCGGGAACACUGAGCAACGGCUAGCUACACUUUGUCUAGCCCUUCCCCUGGGCUGGCUCAAUCCUCAACGGAAUGCGUUCGCGAAUGAAGGCGCCGGUGACCACCAUGCUAGGCUAAUUACUGUCUUUCAUCUUAGAAUGGCGCAGUUGCUCCUUUCAAUCGUUGAAUGUGGUCAUCGGCGAGAAGACGAUUGGCUGCCAAGCUGGCAACGCGUUCUUAGCACCUCUCGAGAUAUCGCUACGUUGGCAUAUCAGUGGGACAGUGCAUUCUGUCUCUCAGUGGACCCUGCAAUCACUUUCAUCCUUUUUACAGCGCUUGUUUUUCUUGAUCUUCAUAGAAAGUCCAGCACAUCAGAUGAGAAUCUCCGCUAUAAUCUUUCCAAAGAUGUCACGGUGCUACAACUACAGUUGAAACAUUUUGGGAGCUUCUGGAUGCAGGCGAGGCUGCUUACUUGUAUGUGGCGCAUUUUCCCAAGCUUCACGAAAUGGGAUAUCUACUAA